CAACAAUCUUCAACAAUGGCGGUCUACUCUUUGUUCUGUGCUCUGUGCGGAGGACCGGACAUGAUGCUCUUCGACGAUUCCUCGGUCAAGAACUCUAAGAACGAUGACUACAAGAACCUCGAGCGCGGCGACUGCAAGUGGCUCACCAAAUGGCGUGGCAUCUUCGUUAACCUCGAAUGGGAUGAGACCAACGAGCACGACCCCAAGUACGGUGUCACCGGUGCUGGUAAGAUGUGCGGUGUCGAGCACGGUGAGAAGGGCAGGCGUGGGUCCGUUAGCGGAUUCAACUGUAUCACCGUCCACGGCAAGUCCAUUGCUUGUUACGUCAAGGAUCCCGAGAUCGAUGGAUCCGAGAUCUUCCCCGUCCAUGAUGCUUGCUGGCAAAUCGCCAAGGAUGUCUUGGACCAAUACAAGCACAAGGGCAGGACUGUUGAGCAUCUCUACAACUUCUUUGACAAGCACAGUGCCGACGGUCACACGCAGCGUGUCGACUACGCCCUUUACGAUGGUGCCGAAAAGAACUGGGGCAAAUUCUGGGAGGAGCACGCUGGCGAGGAGUACAUGGUCACCGACCCCCUCCUUUAUAAGACCGCCGAAGACGACACCCCCCAGAAGGAACGCUCCCUCAAGAACAACGACCGCAUCAAGCGCGUCAUCCUCGGAAUGCUCGACCUCAAAGGCGGUGCCAAAGUCACCAUGGAAAAGGACGAAAUUCGUAAGAGGCGUAACUCCCAGCGCCGCAUGAGUAGCUACAGGCGUGACUCCGCCAUCAGCGGUCUCAGGCCUGACACUGCCGUUUUCGAGGAGGAUGAGGAGGAGGGUGGGAAGAAACACAUGAUGGACGAACCUGGCAUGAUUGAGAAUGAUGAUAAGUGGAAGCAGUGGGUUUACUAAGCGGCUGGUCCGUGUAGAGGGCACACUAUAUGCCGUCGACCCUCUCUUUUUGGAACAUUUGUACGAUUAGCUAGAAUGUGUACGAUAGGAUGGCGUAUGCUUUGACUUAGGCUUGAUGAUACGAGCAUAAUAUAUUCUCUACUCUCU